AUGCUCUAUGGUUAUAAGUUCGUGGCCAAUGUUCUCCAGCCUCUUCAAGUAGUGGUAUGGGGUGAACUUGCACUAGGGUAUCUUGGUGUACCAACAGUACUCAACGACUACAUGUUUGGAGUCUCAGAUGAGGAGCUUGAUAUGGCUGAACACAAACUUAUCUCGGCAGGCUUCGUUCGUCAAACAUGGUCUUUUUGUUCUACUCGGGAUCCCGAAAACAUGAAAAACCACCCACGUUGGCAACAAUGGUAUGCCAACAAGCGUACAGCUUACCAAAAUUUCGACAGCGUAACCAGAAGAUUUGAUUACCCUGACGAGAGUAGGCACGUUACUCGAACAAUCUUGUUACCAACAAGCUACCUGCGUCUCAGCAUCUCUGAUCCAGGGCAAGCGGGCUACGCCGACCCAACCCCAUCGCUCUCACAGCCGGCGUUUUACAUUGAUGCCAACUUACACUGGCCGAACGUUGUAAUGCUGCUUCAAAGCAUUCUCAUGGUCAUUGAAGAGGAAUCAUAUGCUCCACGACUAGACUUUGUCGGAUUGUUAAAAGCAUGGGCUUUUACAUACUUGGUCAAUGACUUAUCCCUUCGACAUGAUGUUCUCGACUCAUGUAGAGACGCCACAUUGAAAGAGUAUUUUGAUAAGAAGACAAAUCGGGGACAGCCUCAGCCGAUAAGGGAGAAGUGGAAUAAACCUCGACCGUUGAUCACUAACGAAAGGAUCAGGGAGUUUCAAGUAGUACAGAGUUGA